GUUCCCAAACGGUUCGGAAUUUACUGGCAUAGCCCUAUUCUUCCCACGGUGGUUGUGCUUUGGGGGUACAUGUACAGUACUGCCGGUCAUUGAACGGAAUCCUCAAUGUUAGCCGUGUAGAGAGUCGGAACCUUUGAGAACUCAGUUCAAACCCAGUGGAGAAAGAAAAAGAAAAAAGAAAAGAAGAAUGUCAGCCAUGUCCAUAGCAGAAGGCCCAGCAACUUUAUCUCCCGCGCUUCAGUUGGCAGAUAAUGGGGCGCUGCAGUCCGGAGAUUUUAGAUGCGGCAUUUGCAAUAAAACCUACAGCCGACGAGACCUGCGCGACCGACACCGACGCCGAUGCAUCAAGACCGCGGGCCAAGAACGACUGUCCAAGCGCAAAUCGUGUGAAACAUGCGCGCAGAAGAAGCUGCGCUGUUCGAUGACUCGACCCGCAUGUACCCGCUGCGUGCAGAUGGGUACUCCAUGUCAUUACCCCCCGUCAUCUCUCCCUCCUCGGAUCGCUGAUACCCAAGACACCCCUCCUCCUACCAUCUCCUCUGGAUCCGUCCAGUCAAGCUACUCCCCCAACGCCCUGGCCGGGAAUAUGGUGUCUGACACCAAUUCCUCGGCCAUGGCCUUGGAUGACGCCCCCAAUUCGGGUCCAAUGGACAAUCGCCCGCUUGCUGCGACCGGCCAGCAAUCCAAUAACAACGCCAAUCAUUUUGAUCCGAUGUCCACGUCCGCAUGGAAUCCAUUCGGGGCCGCGAAUAUGGACUCCAUGGUGCGGGCCCUCGACGGGUCUUUAUUCACCCCCGGCGGUUCCCUCCCCUGGGGUGAUGACUUUACGCCGCUGACGGACCCCAUGUCGGUGGGAAGUACCUUCACCGGAACCCUGGAAGAGUCCCCCAACCCAGCCUCGUCAUACUUCUUGCCCCUUCAUGAAAUCUCCAAGCCCGUGGGAACGUUAGAGGCUCCACCGCCAGGCGCAUUGGCGACAGAUGCCUACAAUACCUCGUCCCCGUACAAUGGAACGGUUCCGUCGCUUUCAUCCACCUCCUCGGACAGCCAUUAUCGCGAGACUCCGACUCGUCCGGAGGAUAACGAGCAAACAAACUUGACUCUCCGUGGUGACAGCUCCCCUCGGUUGACCCUGGGCUACCAUUUCAUGCCGAAGAUUGGCUCGCUCGCUAUGCAAGAUUAUGAGAACACCUACCGCGACCUGUUCGCGGUGUUCCGCGAAUACCCCGGAAUGAUUUUAGACCGGGAUUUCUGGUCACCCUUCAUCCAUCACCGUCUGUAUCGUUGCUCGAUGGGUGGUAUGGCCCCACCCAUGGGAAUCGCCCUAGCAUGUGUGUCGGCACAUGCUAGUUCGGUUGAGUCGAGUUAUGGCUUUGUAGAUCGGAUGAUUAAUGAGGAGCGGGAGAAGCUCGUUCGCGACUUCCAUACCCAGAUCGACACGCCGGAGACUUGUCUUGCCGCGGUCCACGCCGUUUGUCUGUACCAAAUCCUUGGCCUCUUCGGGGACAAUUUCCUGCCUGCGGCCAUUGUCCGGCCGCAGAUCCCCAAAGAGACCAACGAUCGACGACGCGAGGAAACCGAGCGGGCGGCCGAGUUGCACAGUUCCUUCUUGCUCAAGGUGAGUUAGCACUAUGCAUAUAUAUAUAUGUAUAUAUAUAUAUAUAUUGUUUCUUUCUU